CCGCCACGUGUCCGUCGCCCCACGCCUCUCUCUUCAUAUUUCCCCUUAAAAUAAGCCUCGGCAUUUCCGGUUACCCACGCCCGUCUCCCCCUCCCCAAUCUCCAUCUCCCAGUUUUACGAACAAGCCCUAGGUUUAUCCGGCGAGAUCCGAUCUUUCCGGCAAGGUUUUCCGGUCGUCGCUCGGAGAUCACUGGGUCUGCGACGACGAUGAUCGAGUCCGGUUCGGAAUGUCCGGUGAGAAUCGAGAAAUGUUAGAUCCGUUCGCUGUGGUCCACGUUCGAUCCAAAAUCUGGCUGCGCAAGAGGAAAAAAAGCCCUGAGAGUCGUUGAUUUGAGUUUGUAUUAUAGUUAUUGUCUAGUAUUUUCUUGGUGGUUGUACAGUUGGGGAAUAGGGUUAGAGUUUGGGGGUUUGUACAGGUGGUAGGUGUUCUGGGGAAUUGGAGUGAGUCGUUGAAGGUGGCGAAGAUGAGUUUGAGUGCGGCCGAAGAGGAUUCGGCACAAGAGAUUCAUUUACCGGCUGAUAUUGACUGGGAAAUGCUUGAUAAGUCGAAGUUCUUUUUCCUCGGCGCCGCGCUUUUUUCCGGUGUAUCGGCGACGCUUUAUCCGGUGGUGGUGUUGAAGACGAGGCAGCAGAUAGCUCAAUCUCAAGUUUCUUCUAUCAGAACUGCGUUUUCGAUUGUUAGGCACGAGGGGUUUCGAGCUCUGUAUAGAGGAUUUGGGACUUCUCUAAUGGGUACAAUCCCAGCUCGAGCACUGUACAUGACUGCGCUUGAGGUUACGAAGAGUAAUGUUGGAACAGCGACGGUUAGAUUAGGUUUUCCGGAACCGACUGCGGCGGCCAUCGCCAAUGCAGCGGCGGGUUUGAGCGCUGCAAUGGCAGCACAGCUUGUUUGGACCCCAAUUGAUGUGGUGAGCCAGAGACUUAUGGUGCAAGGUGGUGGUGGUGGUGGUGGUGGUGGUGGUUGUGGACCUGGGGAAAAAUUGAAAAUUCCGAAUGCAUCUUCGUGUAAAUACCUUGGUGGGAUCGAUGCAUUUAGGAAGAUUCUGAACACAGAUGGGCCAAGGGGUUUGUAUAGAGGAUUUGGGAUAUCGAUAUUAACCUAUGCUCCAUCGAAUGCGGUUUGGUGGGCAUCUUACUCUGUUGCACAAAGGCUCAUAUGGAGUGGAAUUGGUGUUUAUUUGUGCAAGAAAGAUGACGAGACUGGUGAAAAUGGUGUAAGCACCUUUAGACCCGAUUCGAAAACGGUAAUGGCGGUUCAGGGGGUGAGUGCAGCCAUGGCAGGUGGUGUAUCGGCAUUAAUCACAAUGCCCCUCGACACAAUUAAGACGCGAUUACAAGUUUUGGAUGGGGAAGAGAAUGGGCGGCGUGGACCGACCAUUGGGCAGACAGUUAGGAAUUUGGUUAGAGAAGGUGGAUGGAUGGCUUGUUACAGAGGUUUGGGGCCUCGGUGGGCUUCAAUGUCCAUGUCUGCAACAACAAUGAUCACUACAUAUGAGUUUCUGAAACGGCUCUCUGCCAAGAAUCAAGAGGCCUUAACGUGAAGAACAGAGGAGAAACAAUGACACCCAACGAAAAAAAGAAUGGGGUUUUUCUUUAAUCCCUUUUAACUUCAAUCCUUUAAUUUUCUAUUAACUUGUUCUUUUUCAUCUCCUUUUACUUUUUCUUUGUUUGCCUGCCUACCUUAAUCAAUGUAAACUGUUGCAGGUUUUCUUUAUAUAUAAAUACCUUUUUUU